UAAUAAACCCCAACACCUUGCAGCACCUUUGGCACUUCGGCACACUGGUCCGAGUUCAGAGAAGCCAGCUGCAGGCGCAAGCAAAUAAGGAGCGACAAUGGGCGAGGAACAAAUUGAAAUGGGAGAUUCUUCUCUAAUGGAGCCUAUGAAGACUAAACCCGUGUUGAAACCUCAACCUAACAAAUACGAGAGAUUGUUCCAGCCCUGCUUGGCUGAAAUUGUGGGGACCUUGUUCUUUGUUUUCAUCGGCUGCGUGUCUGUGAUCGAGAACGUACCAGAAGCUGGGCGGCUACAGCCAGCCCUGGUGCACGGGCUGGCUGUAGCCGUGCUGGUGGCUGUCAUGGAUAAAAUCAGUGGCUCUCACUUUAACCCUCCCUUCACUGUUGCCAUCUACCUGUGUGGAGGCAUGGACCUGAUGAUGGUGGGGCUCUAUAUUGUCUGCCAGCUGAUUGGAGGAGUGGUGGGAGCUGGAAUGGCCAAGCUGAUGACCCCUCCAGAACGCUUCAUCAAUGCCACGGGAGCAGCAUUUACUAUCCUCAAGUCAGACAGCCAGCUGUCACGAGCCAUAUUCGGAGAGGUGGCCAUGACCUGCCUGAUAACUUUGGUGGUGCUGCUGGUGGCCGUCAAUACCAAGACGAAAACCCCGCUGGCUCCUUUCCUGGUGGGCUGUACGGUCAUAAUCAACGUCUUGGCAGGGGGUGAUAUAUCAGGGACGUGUCUAAAUCCUGCCAGGGCUUUCGGUCCAGCCGUGGUGACCGGCUACUGGACUUACCACUGGGUGUACUGGGUCGGACCCAUUGGGGGAAGUCUUGUGGCUGCUGCUUUGGUCAGGAUCAUUCUGGGUGAUGGUAAACUACGACUCAUAAUGAAAUGACUCCAUUUACAGCCGUGGUGCAGGAUUCAAUAUAUCCAUAAGCUCUGUCUUUCACUCCAUAUUUAAGAAAGGGCAUACUUUUGGAUAUUUCUUUUUGACACUGUUAUUCCAUGUCAGUGUGUAAUCUAUGGAUUGUUGUUUAGUAUAAAAUAAAUUAAGACAAAUAUGUAAAACCAUUUUUUCUCAGUUCUUCCCCAUAAAAACCAAAGAACUGCCAUUUAAUCUAAACUCUUUAUUUGGACUGUUUUCUGCAGUGUCACUUGUGCAGGUUUGAAACGACACAGUAGGAUAUUUAAAAAAAAAAAGGAAAAAGAAAA